AUGGCGGAUCAGAGAGUCGCCGGCGUGGACGCCGCAGGCGGCGCCCUCGGCCUCGCGGGAGCCGUCCUCCUCACCGCCACCUGCGCCGCAGCCACCUACAGGGCGUCGGCGGCAGGGGACGUCGCCUCCGUAGGGUUCGUGAUCGUCAGCUACGGCGCUCUCCUGCUGCUGCUGCGCUUCCUUCGCGAGUACGAGCUGUUGGCGCCGCCGGAGGCGGCUGUCCGUAGGGAAGGGCUCAGGCGCAGGGUCUGGGCGCUCUGCACGCUGCUCACCUUGAUAUUCGCGUGGAAGGUUGCCAGCGUGAUGACGUGGCCUGGCGUCGCCGUGGGCGUCUGGGCCGCGGCUGUGGUGACGUCCGCUGGCGGCUUCGUUCUCCUCUUUCGUCAGCAGCGUCGACGCCUCUGA